ACCUUAUUCUUUUCUUGCGUUGAUUGCUUAUGUUAUACAGCUUCAGAGGCCAUGGAAAUCACUAUGGCUCCUCGCCAAAGGGCGUCAUCCCUGCAGACCAGCCAAAUGAACGGAAUCAAUCACCUUGAUGCAGUCAACACGAACGGCCUAGUCAAAGGGCAGAAAACAACAAUGGCGUACUGGCAGGAUUACCUCGACGGAGUGGAGCAGUGCUUGUUCCCCACACACUCUAGCGAUGGGCUGGACGACGACAGUCCUAUGAAAAGCAUCAAGGUGCGAUUGGACCGGGGGUUGGAAUUCGUUGCGUUCUGCGAGCGAGAGAAUAUCGCCCCUGUCGCUGCGGUGCAGCUGGCCUGGGCCAUUGUUCUGAAAUGCUACACGGGGAAUGAGGAUGUUUGCUUUGGAUUUGUGACGGAGGAUAUGGAUCUGCUUGUUUCCCGGGUUGAUCUUGCGGAGCGGCCGGUUGUGCGAGAUGCUCUGCGUGCGCUUCAAGAGCGAUUGGCGCGCAGUGUUUGCAAUCGGCUGGACGGUCCAUUUGGGGAGGUAUAUGGAUUGGGAAGCAAUGAGUGUCCACUCUUCAACACCUUGGUCACGUCGCAUAGGGCGUUUGGGGAGAUUUUGCCCCAACUUGAGACGAAAUGGCAGAUGAAGUUCGAUCUGAUCUUGCACGUCUCGGUGGACCGCAGCGGGGUGGACGUGUGUCUCAUGUACAGAGCGCCCAAAGUCCCCGCUAGGAUGGCCCGCAGUGUCGCGGGAAGCUUCAGCAGAGUGCUUCUGGAGAAGGCCACGCAUUUGGAGCAACCGGUUUCUGCUCUCCCGGUGGUGAGUUCCUCAGAUUACGAUCAACUGCUGCAAUGGAACGACUCACUGGUAGGCCCCUUUGAUACCACCAUUCAUGAUGCCAUCUACGAGGUGUGCUGCCGACAGCCAGACCGUCCAGCGGUGUAUAGCUGGGAUGGCCAACUGACCUAUCGAGAGUUAUGGGACCGGUCGUCCCAACUGUGCCAGUACCUGCGGAGUCGAGGCAUUGGCUCUGAAAUGCCCGUUCCCAUCUGCAUGGACAAGUCGCCUCUGGCCAUCAUAUCCAUCUUGGCCGUGCUCAUGGCGGGGGGAAGCUGCGUCAUGAUCGACCCGGGGACGGCGAUUCAACGGGUUCGCGGCAUCAUGCAAGAAAACCCGCCGUUGCUGAUUCUCCUGUCCGCGUCGGCAGCACACCUCGACUUUCACAGCGCGGCGGAAAAGAUUGUCGUAUCCCCCGAGACAUUCCCGGGGUUGGUGGCGGUCAACUCCUGUCCGCCGGCUGCCGUGAAGCCUUCUGAUAUUGCAUUCAUCUACUACACGUCCGGCUCGACAGGUCGUCCGAAGGGGAUCCUCGCCCAGCAUAAUGGCAUAUACACGGGCGUGCAAGUGUACGGUCGGUGCACGAACAUCACGAAAGAGACGAGGCUCUUGCAAUUCGCCUCGUACCUAUGGUCGAUGAGUAUGGUGGAAUCAUUGACCACCCUGGUCCACGGCGGUUGUCUUUGCCUUCCCUCUCAAGAUACGAUGAUGAACGACCUCCGACGGUUUACUGCCAAGGCCCAGGUGACCAUGUGUUCGUUUACUCCCUCGGUGCUGCGCCUCUUUGAACCAAAGGAUUUCCCGGGCGUGCAAACCAUCUCGCUGAUCGGCGAGCCGCUGACCCAGGACGUGGUGGAUAGCUGGGCCUCGCAUGUCAACCUCAUCAACGCCUAUGGACCGACCGAAGGGGGCCCCAUCGCUUCAUACGUCGCGGUCCAAGCCGGGCAAUGGAAGACUGGCGAUGUCGGCAAGGCCAUCCCCGGCGCCUUGUGGAUUGUGAAUCCUUCCAAUCCCAACCAACCCUUGCCGAUCGGUGCCGUGGGAGAACUGCUGAUCCAGGGCCCAACGGUGGCGCGUGGGUAUCUGAAGAGACCCGACGCGACGCAAGCAGCGUUCAUCCCACGACCAUCCUGGCUGCCCGCUGCGACGCCCGAAGAACAGCAGCAUCGAUUCUACCUUUCUGGCGACCUUGCCCGGCACAAUCCCGACGGCUCGCUGCAGUUCAUUGGUCGAAAGGACCGCCAGGUGAAGAUCCGGGGACAGCGAAUCGAGCUCGAGGAAGUCGAGGCGCAUGUGAGAGGGGUGUUGUCGAGCACGAAAGAUGUCGUCGUGGAGGCUGUCCAGCCCACCGAGGAGCCGAACAGCAAGAUGCUGGUUGCUUUCGUCGCACCCAGAGCGGCUGGCAUAGAAGAUGCGGUCUUGAUUCCUGCGGAUGAUGAGUUUAUUUGCAGCGUGGAGACGCUUCGUUCGCGGCUUCAUGAUACGAUUCCGCGGUACAUGAUGCCUCCGGUCUUCUUGCAGAUUUCGCACAUUCCGAGGAACAAAUCAGGCAAGGUGGAUCGACGUCGCCUGCAGCAGAUGGUGCAGGGCCACUCUCGAGAGCAUAUGGAUGCGUUGAUUGGGCCUCGUCGGGACACCACUGAGCCAGCUACGCAGAAUGAAGCCCUCGUCCAGGCCGUGUGGGCGGAAUGUCUGCGCGUCUCGCCCGCGGACAUCGGACGACACGAUAAUUUCUUCGCGUUGGGAGGUGAUUCACUCGCGGCAAUGAAGGUGGUGUCUCGGAUGCAUGACCGUGGGUUCAACGUCACGUUUGCCGAAGUGUUUAAUCGUCCCACGUUGUCAAUGCUGGCAGAGAAUCUGCAGAAAGACGAUCACGCCGUCCAGCACUAUCAGCGGUUUUCUCUCAUUCCCGCCGGCGACGACAUCGAGGCUGUGCGCUCCCAAGCGGAGCAGGAUUGCAGUGUCGAUAGCAGCGAGAUCGAGGACAUCUACCCUUGCACCGCCCUUCAGACUGGCCUGCUCAGUUUGACGAUGAGGGCCCAAGGGCUCUAUGUUGGACAGUACGCUUGGCGGUUGCGCGAAGCAGAUCAAGUCCAGCGCCUGAUGGCAGCAUGGCAAACGGUCGUGGAUCACAACCCCAUCCUGCGAACGAGAAUCAUUCAGUCCGGGUCCGAUGAAAUGCUGCAAGUGGUCAUGUCCCCUGCGGAGGUGGACUGGGUCGAGGCAUCGUGCUUGGAGGAGUACCUGGCCGGCCAGAGACAGCGAGAAGUCUCCCCGGGUCGACCAUUGGCCCAGUUUGCCAUCAUUCGUGAGGAAGGCUCUGUCUAUUUCGCUGCCACUCUGCAUCAUGCCCUCUACGAUGGCUUCACGCUGUCUCUCCUGUUUCGAGAUCUCGAAGCUGCCUAUAACGGACAGCCGCUCUCCCCUCGACCGUUCUCUCCAUUCAUCGCAUUCAUCUCGCGAUCCGACUCCAAGGCCAUCGCGGAUUUCUGGACCCAAGAAUUCCACGGUCUUUCCUGUUCGCCGUUCCCUCCGCUGCCAUCCGACAACUACUUUCCAUCCGUCACGGAGCGUGUGGAUCACUGCGUCGACAUCCCGCAGUCGGCCUCGCAGUAUACCAUCUCGACGGUCCUGCGUCUUGCCUGGGCCACAGUGAUUUCCACCUACACAGACUCCGACGACGUGGUGUUUGGCGUAACCGGGUUUGGACGAGACGCCCCCGUGUCCAAUAUCGCGCAGAUGACUGGCCCUACGAUUGCCACGGUCCCGUUCAGAGUGCAGACAAACCCCGAGCAGACGACACAGGACGCCUUGGAAUCCAUCCAGACGAAGGGAAGCCGACUGGUGGACGUUCAACAGACGGGGCUGCAUAAGAUUCGAACACUCAGCCCCGAGACCGCGUUGGCGUGUCAGUUCCAGAGUCUGCUGGUCGUGCAGCCAUCAAAGAGCGAGAGACCGGACCUGUCGAGUAUCCUCGAGGACGUGAUGGAUCGCGACUCGACCAGCGCGGCAGAUAACUCGUAUGCGAUCAAUAUCGUUUGCCAUCCGACUCCGGAUACUAUCGCCUUCCACGCUGCGUUUGAUCCGAAAGUCGUCACUCCGGCGGCCAUGCAGAGUAUCAUGUGUCAGUUCGGCCAUGUUACCAGUCGCAUUCUGGACGGCUGUGAAUUCAGCGGUGACUUGAGAGCCAUCAGCCCCCAGGGCAUGGGGCAAUUGCGAGAAUGGAAUGGCCAUCUGCCCGAGCCCAUGGACGCUUGCGCCCAGGAUGUGAUUCUAUCGCAUAGCCAGUCGACACCCGAUGCCCUCGCCGUCGACGCGUGGGACGGCCAGCUCUCAUUCCACGAACUGGACGACCUCUCCCUGGGCAUGGCUGGCCAUCUCAUCGCGCAUGGCGUUCGCCCGGGGGCGUUCGUCCCCCUCCUGUUUGAAAAGGCCAAGUACACCCCCGUGGCGAUGCUGGCCGUCAUGCGAGCGGCGGGGGUCUUCGUCCCUCUUGAUUCCUCGCAGCCCACCGCGCGCCUGCAAUCCCUCUGCCAGCAGAUCGGGGCACCACUCGUUGUCGCCUCGGACGAAUGCGCCAGUCUCGCCUCUGAGCUCCUGCCGCACACGCUCACCGUGUCCAUGCCGCAUCUGAAGACCUGGGCGGCGUCACCCCCGCCGGUGCUCCCCGUCUGUCGGCCAGAAGACCCCCUAUACUGUAUCUUCACCAGCGGAUCAACGGGUCAGCCAAAAGGCGCGAUCAACUCCCACUCCGCCUACUGCACGAUGGCCAAAGACCUAGGCGAGAGGACUCGGAUGACCGCAUCGACGCGCCAUUUCCAGUUCGCGUCGUAUGCAUUCGACGUGAGUGUCGCCGACCAUCUAACGCCCCUCAUGCACGGAGCCUGCGUCUGCAUCCCAUCCAAGGACGAAGUCCGGAAUAGCCUCGCCGCCGCCAUUCAGCAAUACCAGCCCACCUCGCUCGAACUGACGCCCUCUGUCUCUCGGAUUUUGGACACGCACGAUCUAUCCUCCGUUCAGACCCUCAACCUCAGCGGCGAGGGCAUGGUCCGCCGGGACGUGGACAGAUGGCACGACAAACUGCAACUCGUCAACUCGUACGGUCCCGCCGAGUGUGCCUACACAGCUACCCUGCAGGCCUCGAUCGGCGCCGCCACCGACCCCAAUAACAUCGGGUAUCCCACCGGGUGCGUGUGCUGGGUCACCGACCCCAUCGACCACAACCGCCUCCUCCCCAUCGGAGCCAUAGGCGAGUUGGUCAUCGAGGGUCCCAUCGUGGGCGUGGGGUAUUUGAAUAACCCGGACAAAACCGCCGCCGCCUUCGUGGAGGAGCUGCCUUGGUUGCGAGACUUUCGAGGCAAGACGCACGUCCGAGCGUAUAAAACCGGCGAUCUGGUCCAGCAACAUCCGGACGGGUCGCUGCAAUACAUCGGCCGCAAGGACAUGCAGGUCAAGGUACGAGGGCAGCGGAUUGAACUGGGCGAGGUGGAACACCACGCCCUGCAGGCAUUUGAACUCGAAGCUCCCAGCUACUGCCGCGGUGUCGCCGGCGAAGUGAUUCGAUUCGCGACGAACAACAGCCUGCAGUCGGCGUUGAUGAUAUUCGUCGAGGUCGCCACCGCCGAACCAGCGCUUCUUCACAAACCAGAAGACAAAAUCGCCCUCCUCCCCCCAUCCGCCUCUUUCCAAACUCUCACCCAACGCAUCCAAGACCGACUACGAGACAUGGUCCCCACCUACAUGAUCCCCUCCAUCAUCCUCCCCAUCACCCGCAUCCCCUUAUCCAAAUCCGGCAAAGUCGACCGCAAGGCCCUCCAGGCGAUCGCGAAAAGCCUCGACCGCGCCGAUCUCGAUCCCUAUCUCGCGACGCGUGCGGAGAAGCGCAUGCCCGAGACGGAAAUGCAAAAGCAACUGCAAGCCAUUGCCGGGGAGGUGCUCAGGAUCCCGCUCGAGCAGAUUGGACUGAAUGAUAGUUUCUUGUCGAUUGGGGGUGAUUCGAUCGGGGCGAUGGCGUUUGUGGGACGCUGUCGGGGGCGGAAUAUCGUGUUGAGUGUGCAGCAGCUUUUUGGGAGGGCGACGAUGGAGCAGUUGGCUUUGUUGGCCGAGUCGAGCUGUAGAUAGAUUAUCUGAUGAUGAGACUGAUGUUAGUAAUGUAUUCUUGAUCAUACUCAUCUAGACUGACGUGGAUGGAUCUAUCGUUGUCUAUUAUUAACGUGAAUAUGCAGCCGUCAUUCACAGCUAUCUGGCUCUAUUUCGCAAAUG